AUGUCGCGACUCUCUUCUUGUUUAUUUUCUUUGUUGUGCCUACUGUUAAUUCUCACGGGGCAAAUCUCAGGAAUGUUACGGCGAAAGCCACCGCCGCCAUUGACUUACCCAGCAGAUCCAGCUGAGAGCCUCUAUCCAGCUUUUCAAACUGUUCCUCCACUCAGUGUGACUGCAAAUAAAUUCAUGUCUAGUUUCUUAGGCAUUGGCAGCCAUUGGUCAGGGAUUUCUAAGAGAAGCUUCGGGAAUGAGGAUGUUGUCCUUGUUAUUGACGGCUCAGAAUCAAUCGGAUCGUGCGAAUUUGAUAAAGGAAAAAAAGCACUUGUAAACUUGAUGGGGAAAAUGGUAAGGCCCGGCUAUGACACCAGAUAUGCAGCUGUAACGUUUUCUUCCUCCUCCAAAGUAAACUUCAAGUUCACGCCAAGCCGUACAGCAGCCAGCAAAAUUAUGAACAUUCCCUACCCAGGAGAGGGGACCAAUACUCAGGCUGGUCUAGCAGAAGCCAAGAGGCUGCUGUUUGAUGACCUUUCGUCAGGUCGUCGUGAAGGUUCAGAAAAGGUAGUUAUUCUUAUCACCGAUGGUCAGUCAAACGCACAGCGUCACUUAACCAUACCCAACGCUCAGGAACUAAAGAAAAGACAAGUAAAGAUUUUCGUGUUUGUUGUGGGAUCUUACGUAAAGGGAAUAGACGAAAUGGUAAAGGUAGCCUCCGACCCGCCCAAGAAUUACAUGUUUAGAGUUAAAACAUGGGGUGGAUUUUAUGAGUUCACCAGACUCAUUUUACAGAAGGCCUUUAAAGAUAAAUGGAAAAUUUCUCCCGGUCAGUAUAAUCCUCCGUGCUGA